AAAUAAGAAGAUGAUGCCUUCUGGAGAUGCUGCAAAUUCCUUUCAGCGGAUAUUCCAAUUGACUCUCAGAGAAAAAACCCUAAAAGAAUCCUAAAUCCACUCGAUUUUAUAUUUUCUUGUCAUCCAAGCAAGAAGAUGACUGGUACCAACACAGUUUCUGAUGAUGAACAUCGUUCGGACAUGAAGAAGAUUCAUGGUGGUGAGAUUGAUGAGAGCAAAGUCAAAGCGCCAAACAUGUUUGAACGAGCCAAAGAGGAGUUCGACGCAGUUGUUGGGGCUAUUCAUCAACACAAGAGUUCCAAGGACGAAUCUGAUAAAAUGGAAUUUAAAUCCGAGAAACCAGAAGAUGAAAAUAAGAAACCGAAUAUGAUGAGAAAGGCCAAGGAGGAAGUAAAAUCUCUGUUCCAUUCCAAGGAGAAACCUCAUCCCCAUCAUCAUUAUCACAAAGAAACUCAUGGAAGGAGUGAUGAUAUCGAUGAGAACACACAUGUGGAUGAAGUGAGAGCUCCCAAUGUUUUCGAGAGAGCCAAGGAAGAGAUAGAGGCUGUCAUCAACACCAUCCAUACCAAGAAGAACGAGACUGACGGUUCCGAUUCUCCUAAGCGUUCUCGGUCUGUCUCACCGGAGAAGGAGAGAGCUGGAUUCGGAUGCUCUCUUGGAAAGGGGCUGGAAAAGAUUUGUUCUCCUUGGGGUGAUAAUAAAAAAGAUUGAGUUAUUCAUUAUGAUUGAUGAUCAUGAACUAACUGUUGUGAUCAAAUUUGGUUGAGUUUUAAUGAUCAGUUUGUUGAUUUGUAGGUACUGAAUUGUUACCUUAACAGAUUAAACCUUCCCCUUCUUAUUAUUUGAGGAGACCAUUUGAUAACUAACCUUUACUUCAUGUGUUA